AUGCAGAACCCCAAAGAACAGGAGCUUGUCACUUUGGCUGCAGGCAAUAAGGGCACCACACACCGUGGGUCCCAGGCUCAACAUCCAAUCUCUUCUCAAGGAGAAGAGGUGACGUCUGUGGAGCAAUUGAACUCGGAGGAGUUCCAUUCCCUGCUAGACGCGACCAUGACAAAAUCGGUCACACAAGCCUUGGGGGCGAUGUCAGAUAACCUGACCCAAUCCAUCAGCAACGCCAUCAUGGCGUCUGGCCACAACCCCAAGGACCUCUGCUCCAAGGCCCAAGACGACAAGCCUGCUCCCUUCAGCGGACACAAGACUACUGAAAAGACCCAUCAUAUGGGCAAGCAAACCUCCAAAACAACAUUGACGGACAGGUUGUGUCCUGUCACUGAUGAGGAUGUGGGGCCACCACGUAAGCGAGCCUCCCGCUGGGCAAAAAAUGGUGAGGACAUGGAAAUGGGCAAAAACCCGGAGAGAAAUAUCCGACUCUGA